GAUGCAUGCGCAAUGCGCACUGGAAUUGGAUACUGAGAAACGUUAAAUUUUCGUUUCUGUUAUUUUGUGUGAUAUUGUUAUUGUAGGUUAACAAAUGGACAUUGCUGUCACAAAUAAUAACUUUAACAAGUUCUAUGUAUAACGUAGAUACAUAAACAAAUAAAGCAAAAAUGAAUUUAGAAUUAUUGGAAUCAUUUGGUCAGAAUUAUCCAGAGGAAUUCGAUGGUACAUUAGAUUGCAUAUCGUUAGCAGUAACAUGUACAUUCAACAAGAGAGGAACUCUUCUUGCUGUUGGGUGUAACGACGGCAGAAUUGUUAUAUGGGAUUUUUUGACAAGAGGCGUUGCCAAAAUCAUCAGUGCACAUGUUCAUCCAGUAUGUUCCUUGAGCUGGUCUAGAAAUGGACAUAAACUAUUAAGUGCCUCGACAGACAACAAUGUUUGCAUAUGGGACGUUUUAUCGGGAGAAUGCGAUCAAAAAUACCGAUUUCCAUCCCCUAUAUUGAAAGUACAGUUUCAUCCAAGAAAUCUUAACAAAUUUUUAGUAUGUCCAAUGAGACACGCAGCGGUAAUGGUUGACGUUGAGGGCUCGCAUAGAGUUAUACCUCUUGACGAUGAUAGCGAUUUAAAUAUAGUGGCAUCUUUCGAUCGCCGCGGAGAUUUUGUGUAUACUGGAAAUGCUCGUGGGCGAAUUUUAGUUCUCGAUGCAGAAUCGCUAACUGUAAAAGCUUCUUACAAAAUAUCGCAAGGCACUGCCAGUAAUACGGCUGUGAAAAGUAUCGAGUUUGCUAGGCGAGGAUCUUGUUUUUUAGUAAAUACAUCAGAUAGGGUAAUUCGUGUAUACGAUAGUACGGAAGUACUAGCAUGUGGAAAAGACGGCGAACCUGAACCGAUACAAAAAUUGCAAGAUCUUGUAAACAAAACCAUGUGGAAAAAAUGUUGUUUCUCUGGAGAUGGAGAAUAUGUAUGCGCUGGUUCUGCAAGGCAACAUGCUUUGUACGUCUGGGAAAAAAGUAUUGGAAAUUUAGUGAAAAUUUUACAUGGAACUAAGGGAGAAUUGUUACUUGAUGUUGUGUGGCAUCCUGUAAGGCCAAUAAUUGCUUCUAUAUCGUCUGGUGUAGUUUCUAUUUGGGCACAAAACCAAGUUGAGAAUUGGUCUGCUUUUGCACCAGAUUUUAAGGAAUUAGACGAAAAUGUUGAGUACGAAGAGAGGGAAAGUGAAUUUGACUUGAGCGACGAAGACAAGUCUGUGGUUCAAGGCGAAGAAGCCCAAGAUGAAGAGAUCGAAGUUGAUGUUGCGUCUAUCGAUAGGGUUGCUGCUUUCUGUAGCUCCGACGAAGAAAUGGAGGAUAUCGGUUCAUUACAAUUUCUACCGAUCUCACCGGAUGUAGAAGAUUCGGAAGAUAAUCAAACAACACCGCACGAACCUCCUAUGAAGAAACAUCGUUCGCACGAUAUUCAUUUGCAAGGAGCCCCAGUAGAUGAAACUCAUCCAUUACUGAAUAAAGGAAAAGAUAAACCAACAACCAAAAAAGGGAGACCUCGUCUGGAACACAGAAAGGGGAAAUAAUUUGAAAUAUAUGUUGUUUUCUAUUUUUUAGUAUUAACAAGUAUUUUACAGUGUACAUAUUUUUUAAAGUACUUCAAAUAUUUUAUGAAUUUUGAUAAUAUUUCAUAUUUAUAAUAGAUAUUAUGAAAUGUGUCACUACUUCCUAUGGAAUGUAUCGCAUAACACAGAUUAUUGUACGCACCAUUCUCAAGUGUUUUAGCAUUGAAAAUCUAUAUUAGAAACUGUCUUGUAUAUGUAAGUAUAGGCAAAGCUUCGAUUCCUUAAUCUUAACAAUAAUAAAAAUGAAUAGUUAUUCUAAAUUGA